AUGAACGCUCCGGGGCACAAAACGCAGGUGGAUAGCUCGAUCAAUUUCAUCAAGGAGCACCACUUUAAAGACACAUUUGCACUUCUGGUGGUAUUCUUGAGCUUCAACCAUCUCGCAUCGCUAUGUCUGCUGGCGAUUUUUAUCAUUACUACUAAAUCCCGGAAUUUCUUGGCAACAUGUUUUAUCCGGCUGUUUCUCUCGAAGCAACGUUGUGGUGAUGUCGAAGAGCGUCCCACAACUGUGGCAAACAAGGCCAAAUCUGCCACUGUUGACACGUCGGCCUCUGGCUCCGGGAAAGAUGUGGGACCGGACGCUCAACGGUAUACGGAUGGGUCCACCUCUGCUUUCAUCAAACGGAAAUGCGCGCUUUUUAAAAUUUCGCCAUUUUUCUUGCUAGAGCUUGUGGUCGCUGGUCUUUUAAGAGUACACGCCAGCCAAUAUUUUACCAGACCCAUCGAGAAUUUGGCCAUGUCCAUUAUUGCAUCCUCGCUAAUAAACGACCCUAGAGACUGUUUGAGCUAUGCCACGUCGUGUUCCAUACUCUACGGACUAGUGGUCAACGUGUGGCAUAGGGCAGCCCUGUUUCUAGACCUUAAGAUCUCGCCUGUUUCUGUGGUCUCCGCCUCUUCUCUGCAUCAGUGGUAUGGUUCACUUUUAACUCUCCCCAUUCUCGGCCGCGCAAUGCCUCUUUUUUGGAGAUUAGCAGGCCAUUCAUCUAAGUAUCUGCGGAUUUGCCGCUACCUGGCAUCUUUUCACAUCGUACUUGCCCAAUUUUACCAAAAUAUGACAGACCCACACUAUUUCCAGAAAAACGUCAAACGCUCAACUGUCUCUGAUGCUCCAGCAUCCGUCUCAAUGACUCAAAAUAACUCACAGGCCGGCCCAUACCAUCUGAAUAUGGCUCUGCCAAAUGGAUCGGGCAUCAAUGCAACCCAUUCAAAUGGUCCUCCACUUUUGUCUGUUCCUAAUCCCAUCGCCCAAAAGGCCUCCUUCAGCGGUGUAGUCUCCGAAUACGACAUAUCAGAACUCCCAAUGAACUCACCGUCCGAAAGUAACCAACAAACAAUUACCACCAAUGUUACAACGUCCAAUUUGGCCUCAACGCCCGAUGAGGCCUCGUACACAAACCAAUUCUUCACGAUAAAAAUGGCCCUUGACCGCGAAAAGCCUAGCGAGACACAUCUGGACGAUUACUUCAUCACCACUUCAAAUUUAGAGAAUUUCAUUCAACAGUUGUUCAAGUGGAAGAACCACCAUUUGAUUCCUCCUCUUUGGUCAAUAUUUACUACAAUCAAGACAAUGACUUUGGAAAAGAGAAAUGUUAGAAGUUUUGAUGGGGCCUCUUCCACGUCAGACACUGACACUUCUGACACCUCCGAGACAAUCCGGCCAACUAACUCGAAUCCUCUAAUUAAAGGAAGUGUGUUUACGGGCCCGGACGCCAGCGACUGCAUGACCUUGAUUGCACCAGCUGCUGAUGACUACAACCAGUUGCACCUUGUACCCCACAACCUAGCCACAGACUACAAAGUUUGCAUUAGUGACACGGGACCGACUCAAAUUACGUUCCGCAUUACAAACUUAUUCGAAGGCGAGCUAAUUGUUCUUGUCAACGGAGUUAUUUGGUCCCAGGUCCUAUCGGCCAUCACGUCUGAAAAGAUUGGCGAAGAGUACACCGUUGUGAGUGGGCUGGUACCGUCGUGCUCUUACGACAUUCAGUUUGUGAACCGUUUCAACGAAGGCAAAGAUUUCUUGAUUGCCGAUUUGAUGGUCCGCACUUGUGCCAAAGCAGGAGAAAACAAAGAGCCACUAGAUUUCAGUUUCCCUUCUUACUACCACCGUAAGUUUCUUUCACCACUCUUGACGCUCAAGCAUUCGGUAUUGACAACCAAUACCAAUCUUGCCGAAGAGCGUGCCAAAGUAAAGAAGACUAAGAAAGAAAUCUCCAAAAAGCUGAGUUCCCUGAGACAGGAGAGCGAUCAUUUGAAAUUCAAAAUUGCCCAAAACGCGAGCCAAGAUGAAAAAAGCGCAUUCAAGAUGGACAACUUGAAAACCGUGUUGCAACAAAGCGAGUCUCAGCUAUCGGUGAUGGAGGAUAGACUCAAAGAGGUUUUGGCGCAGGAAGUGCAAGUUGAGCAGGAACACUUGCAGCAGAAGGACAAACAUCUACAGACUCAAAUGGAGCAUGGCAAGCUACAAGCGACGCUUGCGAAAGAGAAAGAGGAGCUUUCGACGAAGCUUGCGAAGCUGGAACAGGAAUUGUCACAGCUGAGAGGUAAGCGUGAGCGUAUGAACCUCAAGCAAGAGAAGUUGAAAAAAGAGGUUACCCAGUUCGCGGAGGGCAUUGAAAACUUCAGGCUCCAUUUUCUGUCGCAGCGCCAAACCGAGCGUCAGCGCCGCGAAGAGCUCAGAAACGUCGAGGCCAACGAAAGCGAGCUUGCGAUAAGGGGUCUGGAACAGGACAUCAGCAGGCUCGAAGGUGAGAACGAGGCUAUGAAAAAUAUGCUACGUGCUUACUAG